GCAGGUUAGCGUUUAUCGUGCCGGUUUGGUACCCACCGUUGCGCUUUUUUUUUUUUUUUUUUUUUUUUUUUUUCCCCCUUCGUCGUUCACGCGAGGCAUUAUAUAAAUUGUUUAUUAUAAUUAUUCUAUUUUAUUAUGUUAAAAAUCGUUUUUGUUUUUUCUGUUGGAGGUUUUGAACGACACUGCAGUGGGUGGACUUCGUGGAUGUGUUUUGGGGAUUAUGGUUGUGCUUUGGGUCACCAAUGAGCUCAUCGUUGCAUCUGUUUAUUGGGUUCUCUUUGGGAGUGCUAUCUAUAGUCUUCAUACAAGUUUAGCACAUUUUGCGGGGCGGUUUUCAGGGUAGUUUUGCGAGCUAUGCGACAGCUUAGGGGUGUGUUUAUGUUCUUAUAUGUCUUGGGUCUGCUCGUCAGUGGAGGAUAAUGUUUGGUUGCUAGCUGUCGAUCAAGCGCCGAUCUUCAAGGGUGAGAUUGCAUCCGGGAUUGCUUGGAGAGUGUUGCAGAGAAGGGUGUAGAGAUGAGGAGAGGCGGGGCGUUCAGCUGUGGUGGAACGUCGAGCAACUCCAAUUGCGGAGCGCCAGUGUCAUCUCCGACCUCAAGGAGCACCACAAAGGUGCCUCAAAGUCCAACGUCUGCGCUUGGGUCUCUGAGCUUGGUGGACAAGGAUGGGAGUCAAGAGUUUGCAUCCACAACCACAUUCGUACAAGUGGACACAUCGAGCUUCAGAGAGCUUGUGCAGAAGUUGACCGGAGCAUCUGAUUCAGAUGUAGAGAAGCUCCCGAUUACCUUACCUUCGCGCCAAGCUUCCCGAGGAGGAGGUGACAGCAACGCGCUCAAGAUGGAUGGCACGUACGGUGGUCUUAUACCCAAGCCUGUGGGUGACUUGAGCGCACGAAGGCCUGCAUUUAAGCUGCAUGAAAGACGACAGUCCAAUAUGAGAAAGUUGGACGUGAAGGGGCUGGGUGCCGCAGCUGCAUUUCGAAGAGGCGUUGCCGGUUAUGGUGGUGGUUCACCCACUCCAGACCUUUCGCCGAAAUUUCCUUCCUGCAUUGCCAGUCCUGUGACUCCCCUAACCAAAGACGUAUUCGAAAGUUCGCAUGCUCCAACUACACCAACUUCUUACGAGGGACAACCUUGCGUUCGACCAAGGGAAGAAGAAGUUAGACUCGACCGUGACCCUAUUUUCUAUUUGCAACCUGCUCCUGAACGGCCUCGACAACAGCCUGAGCUGUUAACGCUCUUCCCCUUGACAUCUCCUCGCGUUUCGGACGCCUCAUGACACCAUUUCUCUCAUGCGCUAGGGGAUUGAAGUUCACUCCUUGUAUGGAUGUCUCCAGAAACUUUCAUGUAGGCCUUUUCGUUCCGUCCAGCAGGUAUGAUUUCAAUGCGUGAGGGUCUUUCAUCCCUUCAGCAAACAAUCAUCUCUGUACAUGUGGAUGCAUCAGUGACAUCAUCGGAUUCGGGUACGAUAUGCGUUUCAGGACUUCCUGUGAAGGUGGGGCAUGGUAGAGGGAUGUGCACACAUUCUCCACUCAGCCCCUGCAUGGUAAUGUGGUCGGGAGAUGGUUCACACUAUUACUGAGAUGUCUAUGCAGACAUGCUGAGCUUGCCGACCAUAGUCCUGUAUGGUGUGGCAUCACCUUUCUUCUGUCGCCUGAAUAACACCCUCUGUCGGCAGUGAAUGCCGCAUUUUGGCAAUGAUGCUGUCUAUGUACCUCGAGGACUUCGAAGGGCUGGCAAGGCUUCUGAAGUCCCCUGGCGGGUUUUUCAAUGCAUGUGCGUGAGGGAUCGAAAGUUUGCCGGUCACUUCAAAUUUGGAGUUCAGAUAUAAACUCUUUUCUUUUUGUGAGGAAUCACGUUGAAAUGUUAUAAGUAUGCAGGGGUGUCAUCUUUUCUUCAAAGGUGCCGCAUGUAAUGUCGUACCUUACAAGAAUACUAGUUGGGGUUGUGAGGCCGCAUCAUUCUCCAACAGACUCUGCAGUACCCAUGGACGAUUGUGGAAAUCAGUUGAUGAAGCGCAGGUGUCCCUCCCUUAUGAUGUGUGGUGAUUGUACGGGAAAGGAAAGACUUUGUGUAGGUUGUCUUUGUACAUACGUGGUAGUUGUCUCUCUUGUACUGCUGCAUGUUACAGCCUCUACAGACCCUUUGCUCAGGGGCUUUUGACAAAAAUCAUGAACAUGGUUGCCUCGCUCGUCAGAAUCCCCUGGUCAUGGGGCCGGGCUGUGCGUUUUUUUAGAAUCGUUUUGGACAGCUUAGCGUGUUUUCUUUUUAAGUAAUCAGAAAGAGAUGUACUUUCAGCGGUGACUGCCGAGUCACAGACAAUCAGUGAAGCAUAUUUUUGAUAUUGACUAGUCA